GCUAAAAAAAAUGAGUGACUCUGAAUCAACGGCUUCGUCAUCCAAUAUGAUGGUGGAUGAACAAACAUCAUCAUCAACACGAAACGGAGAUGAACAAUCUGAUAAGAUGAAAGAGUUGGUCAUUAAAUAUUUACAACAACAAGGAUAUCACCGAUCAUUGAAAGCCUUGGAGGAAGAAGCUAUUGUCGGAUCAUCUUCACUGCCAGAAUAUGCAGCAGUUUUGGAAAGGGAAAGAAUGAUACGAUCAUCAGGAGAUUCUUUGAAUAGUUUUCUAAGUGAAGCACCAAGUGGAAAGGGAUUUCUUCAAGCCUAUCAAUCUCUCACAGAUUGGGUAUUCUCCUCUCUGGAAAUCUAUAAGAAUGAAUUGAUUCAAGUAUUGUAUCCUGUCUUUGUCCAUUGUUAUUUGGAAUUAGUAAGCAAAAAUCAUUCUGAGGAAGCUAGAAAAUUCUUGAACAAGUACAAGACACAACAUUCACAUUUUCACUAUGAUGACAUUUUAACACUUCAAAGUUUACAAACUCCUGAAAUUGUAAAUCAAAAUGAAUUUUCUAAAAGAUUAUUGUCACACAAAUUUAUAAUCAGAUUAAGUGAAGCUAGUUUUCACUUAUUAAUGAAGUUCUUACAAGACUCUAGUGAACUAAGACUUUUAUCUAUUCUCAAUAGAUUUGUUAAUUUUAAAACAUACAAAGGACAACCUAGCUUACAAGCACCAGCAAUGAUUGAUGGAAUUCUUCUAAUGGAUCAUGAUAUUAAAAGCCAACAACAAAAAAAGAAAAGAAAAUCUGAGGAUGUGGAAGGAUCGGAUGAUGAUGACUCUGAGGAUGAUGACGACGAAUUUGAAGCUAUUUUCGGAAGAAAUAAGAAAAUUUCAUGGGAAGUUGAAAACAGAGAAAAGGAGGAAGCAUUAGCUGCCACUGCUGUUGUUCAACCUACUGCACCAACAGCACCUCAACCUAGUAGAAGAGGAAGAAAGAAAAAAGGAGCAGCCACAGCUCAACAAGAAAUUAAGAAAUUGAUUGAUGUUGCUAAGGAACAGGUUCCACCUUGUCCUUCUGCAUGUUUCUAUACACUUUUCAAUUGUAAUAAUAAUUUAAAUGCUGUGGAAAUCGGAACAAACUUUGAACACAAACCAUCCAACUAUUUUGUUGAUGAUGGCGAUUUUGCUCCUCAAUAUAACCUAAGAAAUGGUCCUGUUAUUGCAGCAGGUUUUGCUGAUUCUACUAUUAAAUGUUGGAAUUGGAGAACUCUUAAUGGUACCAUCCCUAAUACUAAAUCAUAUCAGAGAAAUUAUGAAAGUAUUAAUCUUGAAGAUAAUGAAAAUAGAGAAUGUCAAUAUGAUACAUUAAUUGGUCACUCAGGACCAGUUUACUCCCUAUCAUUCAAUUCUGAUCAACAAUGGCUUUUAUCCUCCAGUGAAGAUUGUACAGUACGUUUGUGGAAUGUCAAUAAUGCAGAAUCUGUUGUUGUGUAUAAGGGACAUCAAUAUGCUGUUUGGAAUGUUAGUUUCAGCCCAACAGAUUACAUGUUUGCAACAGCAUCACAUGAUCGUACAGCAAGACUUUGGGUUACUGAUAGAGUUACUCCUGUCAGAGUUUUUGCUGGACAUUUAGCUGAUGUUGAAUGUGUCAAAUUCCAUCCAAACUGUAAUUAUGUUGCAACUGGUUCUAGUGAUAAGACUGUUCGUUUGUGGGAUGUACAAACUGGAGAAUGUAUGAGAAUGUUCAUAGGUCAUCAUGGGUCUAUUAACACCUUAGCAUUUUCACAUGAUGGUAGAUAUUGUGCCUCUGCAGGUGAUGAUGGUCAAGUUCUAGUUUGGGAUAUUGGAUCUGGAAAGAUUGCUUACAAAUUUAUUGGACAUACCAAACCAGUGUGGUCUCUUGACUUUAAUAGAAAUGACACUUUCCUUGCUUCAGCUUCAUUAGAUUCAACUGUUAGAGUUUGGUCAAUGUUUGACACUAUUGAUACAGGUUCUGUUGAGGGAAGUCAAUCUGCUGCUCAAAUCCUCAAAGAAAAGAAACUUGAAUUGGACAAGCACAAGAUUAUUUCAAAAGAACCAUACAAGACUUACUAUUCGAAACAAACACCAGUUUAUUCACUCAAGUUCACACAACAAGACUUUAUGGUGGCAGGUGGUGUUUUCACUCCAAAUUUAACUUUGUAAAAGCAAAACUAUUAUAAAUUAUUAUUAUUAAAUUUAA